AUGAGCACGUCAGACGCCUGCUACACCAUCAUCCACCAGUCCGACGCCGACGAGGAGAUCAGGCCCGAGACUCUCCGCCAAAGGAUCGAAAAGGGCUCGGACGAGGUCAAAAUCGAGACCAUGCGCAAGGUCAUCUUUACUAUGCUCAAUGGCGACCCUCUCAACUCCCUCCUGAUGCCCGUCAUCAUGAACGUGAUGCGCUCCCGUAACAAGCAGCUCAAGAAGUUGGUCCACUUUUAUUUGGAGAUCUGCCCAAAGACAAACCCUGACGGCAAGCUCAAGCAGGAGAUGAUUCUCGUCUGUAACGCGUUGAUGGGCGAUCUUCAGCACCCUAACGAGUACAUCAGAGGAUCGACCCUUCGCUUCCUUUGCAAGCUUCGCGAGGCCGAGUUGCUCGAGCCCUUGUUGCCCUCUGCCCGUUCCUGCUUGGAACAUCGCCACUCAUAUGUCCGUAAGAACGCCAUCUUCGCCAUCUACACUGUCUACAAGCACUUUGACUACCUCGUCCCUGACGCCCCCGAGUUGAUCCACGCCUUGUUGCUUCAGGAGGCCGAUAUGGCUUGCAAGCGCAACGCCUUUGUUAUGUUGGUCAACUGCGCUCCCGAGUUGGCUGUCGAGUAUCUGGAGGCCAACAUCAAUCAGGUCCCCAACAUGGACGAGUUGCUUCAGAUGGCUAUUGUCGAUUUGAUCCGCAAGGACUGCAAGAACAACACCGCCAACAAGGGCAAGUACAUUCGUUGCAUCUUUGAGCUCUUGAACGCUCAGUCUCACUCUGUCAAGUACGAGGCUGCCACCACUUUGAUGGCUCUUACCUCCAACCCCGCUGCCGUCAAAGCUGCUGCCUCGUGCUACAUUGAGCUCAUUGUCAAGGAGGCCGAUAACAACGUCAAGCUGAUUGUCUUGGGACGUUUCGACGAGUUGCGCGAGAAGCACGAGAAGGUUUUGGAUGACCUCGUCAUGGAGAUCCUUCGUGUUCUUUCAAGCCCCGAUAUUGCUGUCCGCAGAAAGGCUGUUGGUAUUGCUCUGGAUAUGGUCUCGAGCCGCAAUGUUGAUGAGGUUGUUGGAUUCUUGAAGAAGGAACUCUCAAAGACUUUGGAUCAGGAUUACGAGCUGAACAUGGAGUACCGUCAGCUGUUGAUUCAGUCCAUCCACACCUGCGCUAUCCGCUUCUCAGAGGUCGCUGCCAGUGUCGUUCACGUCUUGAUGGAGUUCCUGGGCGACUCGAACAACCCCUCUGCCGUUGACGUCAUUGCCUUCGUUCGUGAGGUUGUUGAAAAGUUCCCCAACCUUCGCUCUUCGAUCUUGGAGCGCCUCAUGGAGACUUUCCCUGAGAUGAAGGCUGCCAAGGUUUUCCGUGGCGCCCUCUGGAUUGUUGGAGAGUACUGCUUGGAGGCUCAGGACAUUGAGGACGCAUGGAAGCAUAUUCGCACAGGUUUGGGCGAGAUCCCCAUUUUGGCAUCAGAGCAGCGUCUCUUGGACGAGGCUCAGAACGAGGACAACGAGUCCAAGACCCCCGAGACCAAGAGUUCUGCUCCCGUCCGCCGUGUCUUGGCCGACGGUACAUAUGCCACCGAGUCUGCUUUGGCCUCGUCGGUCUCUGCACAGUCCAAGUUGGAUGCUGUCAAGGCUGCUGCCAAGCCCCAGCUCCGUGCCUUGUUGUUGGGAGGAGAUUUCUACUUGGGCACCUCUUUGGCGUCGACCUUGACCAAGUUGGUGCUCCGUUACUCGGAUAUCAGCAACGAUCACCGUCGUCUUAACUCUCUUCGUGCCGAGGCUAUGUUGAUCAUGACCUCGAUCAUCCGUGUCGGUCAGUCCCAGUUCGCCAACUCGCCCAUUGACGAGGACUCGUACGAUCGUAUCAUGUCGUGCUUGCACGUUCUUGAGAAGUUCAGCCAGGAUCCUUUGAUGAAGCAGGUUUUCUUGCAGGAUACCAAGGCUGUCUUUGGUAAGAUGGUUCAAGCAGAGGAGAAGCGCAAGGAGGAGAAGCGUGCCAAGGAUAACAAGAACACUCGCGUCCAAGCCGAUGACUUGAUCACCUUCCGCCAGUUCUCGAAGGCUAAGCACGGGGAUGAGAAGGACGAGUACGAGCUCGACUUGACCCGUGCCACUGGCUCUGGAGAGUCCAAGGAAGAUUUGAUGUCGAAGCUCAGCCGAGUUGUGCAGCUCACUGGUUUCUCGGACCCCGUCUACGCUGAGGCGUAUGUGAAUGUGCACCAGUUUGACAUUAUGUUGGACGUCCUGAUUGUCAACCAGACCGCCGAUACCCUCCAGAACCUUGCGAUUGAGUUUGCGACAUUGGGCGAUUUGAAGUUGGUGGAAAGGCCCGGACAGCACACCAUUGCCCCCCACUCUUUCCACUCAAUUAAGGCCAACAUCAAGGUGUCGUCAACCGAGACUGGAGUGAUUUUUGGCAACAUUGUGUACGAUGGUCCUACGACUGGCGACAGCAACUGUGUUGUGUUGAACGAUAUCCAUAUUGAUAUUAUGGACUAUAUCAACCCCGCCUACUGCAACGAGACGCAGUUCAGGAGCAUGUGGCUCGAGUUUGAAUGGGAGAACAAGGUCAACGUCAACACCUCCAUCACCGACUUGCAACAAUACUUGAAGCAUAUUAUGAAGUCGACAAACAUGUCGUGCUUGACCCCGGAGGCAGCAUUGUCGGGCGAGUGUGGCUUCUUGUCGGCGAACAUGUAUGCGCGGUCAGUGUUUGGUGAGGAUGCGUUGGCGAACUUGAGCAUUGAGCGCCAGGGAGAUGGACCCAUUACGGGUCAUGUCCGUAUCCGCUCCAAGACCCAGGGUAUUGCGCUCAGCUUGGGAGACAAGAUUACGCUUGCUGCCCAGAAGGUGGCCACUGCUACUGCGUAA